UCCCUGUGCUCUAUUGUAAAAGGAGGCUACGUGCUGUACUAUGGAAAAGAGGCUAGCAAAUUAAAGCGUAUGAGAGGUGUGACAGGGUCCGGUCGAGCGUCCACAGCUACAUUUCGCCCUCGCUCCGGUCCUGCAGGGGUGAAUAUUUUUUCCAUUUUGCACCUUGGUCAUCGUGCCGGGAGGGUUUCUUCCCCUGCUUUUGUCCAACCGCUCUCUCCUCAAAAAGCUCUCCAGGCCUGGGCUCCGACAGGAGGGAGCAGAACGCGACAAAGAGGCAAGAGGAAAGUAGGAGUGAAGAUGAAUAGCGAGGAUGAUCCGGAAUUAGCUGCAAUCAGGCAAAGAAGAAUGCAGCAGUUGAUGGCACAACAUGAUCUUGGGAAUCAGCAAAACCCAGAUCAACAAAAAGCACAAGAAGAUGCUAAAAGGGAAGCAGACGAGCGAAGGCAGUUGAUGCUUAGUCAGAUUUUGUCCUCCCAAGCAAGAGAAAGAUUGGCUAGAAUUGCAUUGGUAAAGCCAGAGAAAGCAAGAGGAGUGGAAGAUGUCUUGCUCCGUGCAGCGCAAAUGGGGCAGAUUGCAGAGAAGGUAUCUGAAGAGCGGCUAAUUUCACUCCUCGAGCAGAUUAACAAUCAGACCACCAGGCAGACCAAAGUUACUAUUCAGAGGCGUCGGAAUGUCCUUGAAGACGAUGAUUAGUGUGCUUGACAGUGAUGCAAUGGAAUUUGCUGUCGUGAAGGAUACUUUGUCUGAACUGCCCUGAUGAUGAAUAGUUUGUAAUAUUUGCUUAUUCAUCUUUAUCAUUGUAUGCUUCGCUUCUGCAGCUGCACUUUCAAUAAUACUGGUUUGGUUUUUAUUUUGCAACGGCUGGGACAAGAUUGAAACAGUAUGCAUAUAAAAUAGUUUAACAUGGAGGGUGUCUUGGAAGUA